AUGCCACUUGUAAAUAACAAAGUAGGCGACGAUUGCACAUUAGGCACAGACAAGGCUUUGGUUGAUGGAAAGGCUCAGGUGGAUUCUUUGAUAAAGGUGGUGGCAUGUUACCGGCACUUGGCCUCGUGUGUCGGUGGUUGCACCGACAGCUUGCAGCUGCGGGAUGAGUUGCGGCAAACACGAGAAAAGGCCCUAAAGUUGUCCGUGUCCAUCUGUAAUCAUCUGACCUCACAUCUCCGGAACAAGAGCCUGCCCGAGGGGCAGCGGAAGGAGAUGGAGCUCCUGUGGGUGGCCUUCUCCUCCAGCCUAGAGCUCCUCCACGUGGACAUGUGCAAAGUUUUCAACAUCAGUGACAUCUUCUCACUGGCCAACACUGAUGCCCUGGUGCAAACUGGCCUACAAGGAGGAGGCAGUGAGGUAGCAGCCCGAGCACUCAGUCUGCCAGACCUGAACCUAGCUCCGAACCCAACCCUCCCUGCUGGGCUGGAGAGCCAGGAGCGCAGCACCAUGGAGCAGGAGAUCAGCCAAAUGGACCACAUGAUCGAUGACAUGGAGAUGAAAGUGAACGUGAUGCGCUGGAUGGUGGAGUCCCAUGGGUCCCAGCACGCAGAGGUGCUCAGCAGCAGCGACAGCGCCUCCCUGGCUCUGCUCUCAGUGGAUGAGGAGCAGCCUGGACACCAGCCUCCGUGCCAGCGCAGUCACAUCCAUGUGCUCGUAUUGCUGUUUGCUGUUGUUUUGGUUGCAGCCACUUUAUCUGUUUGUAUAAUCUUUUUCACAUGA